AACCCUAAAUUUACCGACGGCGGGAACUUGGUAGUUACAGAGCCUUACAGGUUAAGGUAUAGGCUUCAUCGUUCUCUUCCAUCUUUUCCUCCUCUCGUUUCCAUGAACUCUGAUGGACCCAAAUCCGGUAAGAAGAGACGGGAGCUUCGCGCUAAACAUUUGAAAAAGCUCACCAGUGACGAAGAUGACUCGGUAAAACUAGUCAAGGAGAACAACAAUAGAGUUCCAAAGAGAGGAAGAGAAGGCCAAUCUGAUGUUGACGAGCCUCUUAUUAAGAAAGCAGCUUCUACUAAGCCUGUGGAGGCUCAAAUUCCUAAAACUUCAGAUUCUUAUUUGUCUAAGACAAGAUUUGAUCAGUUCCCUCUGUCUCCAUUAUCGCUAAAAGCAAUCGCGGAUGCUGGAUUUAAGACAAUGACUGUUGUACAGGAGGCUACUCUUCCUCUCAUUCUCAAAGGUAAAGAUGUCCUAGCCAAGGCCAAAACAGGCACUGGGAAAACUGUUGCGUUCUUGCUUCCAUCAAUUGAAGCUGUUAUCAAAUCUCCCCCUGCAAGCCGGGAUAAUAGGCAUCCCCCAAUUAUUGUGCUUGUGGUAUGCCCUACUCGGGAACUUGCUUGUCAAGCUGCUGCAGAAGCAAACAUCUUGCUGAAGUAUCACCCAUCUAUUGGUGUUCAAGUUGUGAUAGGAGGCACAAAGCUUCCUACAGAGCAAAGGCGCAUGCAAAAGAGUCCAUGCCAGAUUCUCGUGGCUACACCUGGAAGGCUUAAAGACCAUAUCGACAACACUUCCGGAUUUGCAACCAGGUUGAUGGGUGUGAAAGUCCUUGUGCUUGAUGAAGCUGAUCAUCUCUUGGACAUGGGUUUCCGAAGGGAUAUUGAGAGGAUAAUAGCUGCUGUUCCUAAGGAGAGACAGACAUUUUUAUUUUCCGCCACGGUACCUGAAGAGGUCCGCCAAAUAUGCCAUGUUGCUCUGAAACGGGAUCAUGAAUUCGUCAAUUGUGUUCAAGAGGGGGCUGGGGAGACGCAUCAGAAGGUAACACAAAUGUACAUGAUUGCAUCAUUGGAUAGACAUUUCUCGCUUCUCUAUGGUCUUCUGAAACAACACAUCGCAGAUAAUGUGGGCUAUAAGAUUAUCAUUUUCUGUACAACUGCUAUGGUUACAAGACUGGUGGCUGAUCUGCUUGGUAAGCUAUGCAUGAACGUCAGAGAGAUCCAUUCUAGAAAACCGCAGAGUUAUAGAACAAGAGUUUCUGAUGAGUUCCGCAAGUCCAAGAGUAUUAUCCUUGUAACAUCGGAUGUAUCUGCUCGUGGUGUUGAUUACCCUGAUGUGUCCUUAGUCGUACAGAUGGGAUUGCCAUCAGACAGGGAACAAUAUAUACAUAGACUUGGCAGAACUGGGCGGAAAGGUAAGGAAGGAGAAGGUGUACUAUUGUUGGCACCGUGGGAAGAGUACUUUUUAUCUUCUGUUAAAGACUUGCCCAUCACACAGACUUCUUUACCGCCAAUAGACCAUGAGGCUGUGAAAAAGGUGCAGAAAGGACUUAGCCAAGUGGAAAUGACGAACAAGGAGGCAGCAUAUCAGGCGUGGUUGGGUUACUACAAAUCACAGAAGAAGAUUGCAAGAGACACAACCAGACUGGUGGAGUUAGCUAAUGAGUUUAGCCGCAGUAUGGGACUUAGCAUCCCUCCAGCUAUCCCUAUAAAUGUUCUUGGCAAGAUGGGUCUCAAAAACGUUCCUGGUCUUAGAAUCGCUCCUGGUUUUGACAAGAAAAAGACAAAGAGAAAUUAUCGUUCCCGCUAGAUUUUGUUUUAGUGGUAUGUUUUGUUUUGAAAUCAUAUUGCUCUUAAAGGUAUGAUCUCUUGUUAUUCUUGUUUAACAGUUUUGACUUUCUAAUUAUUCAAAAUCUAUAAAAGUUACCUUCUUAUGAAGGUAUUUUUUGUAA